AUGUCUCUACCAUUCGCGUCCAUGGGUCCGCCUCCACUUCCUCCCGGAUGGACAGAACACAGCACCCCCACUGGCCAAUCUUACUACUUCAAUGCCAUCACAAAAGAGUCUACCUAUGUCCGCCCUCUUUCUCAGUUCCCGAUCCUACCGCAGGGUGUUAUAGUUCCCGGUGCUCCGGUGCCAGCAGCUCCUGCGCCUAAGAAGAAGAAAGAGAAGCCAUUAGUCAAGACACCGGUCGCUGGUACGGAUUGGUUGCGAGUAACGACAACAGAGGGCAACGUCUUCUACACGCACAAAGUCGAGAAGAGGAGUGUCUGGACUGUGCCGGAUGAGAUUCGGGACGCGGUCGCGGCGCUCGAGCAGGAAGAGGAGGAGACGCGUCAGAAGCAAGAAGAGGAGGCGAGGCGCAAGGCCGAGUUGACGAGAUUGAAGGAGAUUGAGAAGGUCAAGGCGGACGUGGAUGAUAUAGUCGGGAAGCGAAAGGCAGAGGAACCGGUGCCCAUGGACGAGGUUGUGAUCACCAAGAAGAUGAAGAUGGACGAGACGGAUGACGAAGAAGAGGAAGAGUCAAGUGACGAAGAAGAGGAAGAGGAGUGGCAGCGGGAGGCCGCAGCCCAACUCGCCGCAGAGGCUGAACAAGAGAAGAGGCGACAGGAAGAGGAGAAGAAACGACAAGAGGAGGAGGCGCAGAUAUUGAAGGAGGCCGAGAAAGCUAAGGGGGCGCCGCAACUCAACAUGCCGGAACGAGUUGACCUGUCGCUUGACGAAGCGAAGGCACUCUUCAAAGUACGUGAUAGCAUUAUUUGCGCAUUCUAUAGUUGGUUACAUCCACGUGUACAGAGUCUUCUUCGCGAGAAGGAUGUGAAUCCUCUUCACCCUUGGGACACAUCUCUCCCGCUGUUCAUCAACGAUCCGCGGUAUGUCCUGCUUCCAUCCGUGUCUGCAAGGAAAGAAGCAUUCGACGAGUACUGCCGAGACCGUGCUCGCGAGCUACGACAGUCCAACGUCAAGAAGGAGAAGGAGGCCGCAAACCCCAAGGAGGAGUUUGAGCGUCUCUUGCGGGACGAGGUGAAGAGCACACGCACGAGUUGGACGGAGUGGCGAAGGCAAUGGAAGAAAGACAGAAGGUUCUAUAGCUGGGGUCGCGACGAUAGGGAGCGGGAGAAGAGGUUCCGAGAAUACCUCAAGGCACUCGGCGAAAGAAAGCGUGCCGCAGCUCAGAAGGCAGAAUCAGAUUUCUUUGCGUUGCUCAAGGAGAGCGGCAUUGCCCACUCUGGUGCUGUGUGGAAAGACGUUAAGCGGAAGAUUGUCGAUGAUCCUCGGUACGACGCCGUGGGGUCCUCAUCACUGCGAGAAGAGCUCUUUAACACGUACCUGAAAGCCCAUGGAGAGCCGUCCUCUUCUGAGAUGCCAACGGAUGCUCAAGCCGCUGACAGCCAUACUGAUGGCACGAAUGCGGAGGACAGCGCUGAGGAGCGUGAGCGCAAGCGUCGAGAGCGGAAAGAACGCGCUGUGAAGGAUAGGGAAGAGAGGGUGAAGGCUGAGCGCAGUAAGGUCGAGGCCGAUAUCGACCGGUCACGUAUGGGCCUCAACAAGGAGGAAGGGGAGCUCGAAUUCAGGACGAUGCUGACGGAUGCGAUACGGGACCCACAGGUGACUUGGGAUGGCGUAUUGCCGCAAUUGAAGAGAGAUCCCCGUCUUGUCAAUUCGCCCCUACCUCUCAAUCAGCAGGUCCAUCUUUUCCAUGCACACGUUGCUGCACUACGGGCGAAGCACGUAGCCGGCAUCCAUGGGCUGUUCGAGUCUCACGCUCCCUCCCUGGCCACGAAGUUCACGGACUUGCCAAUUUCGUCCCUGGUCUCCUCGCUUCCUGCCACAAAGUUAGGCUUUGACGUGGACAGCUUGGAGAACGAAUUCAAAGCAUGGCAGCGAGAGCGCACACACCAAGCACGGCUGGCGUUCGAUCAGAUGCUCAGCGAAAACGCGUUCGUGGAGUUCUGGGGACGGCUCGGGAAGAUCGGCGGGAAGGGCGUCGACGGAACUAUCAAAGCCGACGACCUCGGAGACGAUGCCGAAGAGGAGCAGGUUGACAUGAAGGCUUUGGCUAAGAACGUCGACCUCAAUGAGAUGGUGAAGGUAUUGAAGAAUGACAGGCGCUAUUUGGUCUUUGACCACGUCCCGGAGCUGCGUGAGCAGUGGUUGCGGGACUACCUGUCUCAGCUGCCUCCGCCGAAGCUGUCCGUCCACAUAUCCUAG